AGCGCCAGCAUGGACGGCGUGGAAGUGUGGGGCAGCACCUUGGCCCAGCUGAUGGCCAAGAGGAAGCCCCAGGACACCUGGGAGCUGGUCCCCGAGGAGAACCUGGCCUCAGGGCACCUGGACAGCAGCGGUUUCCAGUACCGGCUGCGGGGGCUCUCGAGGCUCCAGUGUGGCCGCUGCCAGUGGGGCUGGUCCUCGGCCCACGUGCGCCUGCUAUUCCACCUGUGGUGGGACCAGGAUGCCCGGCAGGGGCUGGUGAAGAUGUGCGUCUGGGCCCAGCGGUGCCGGGCGUGCCCGCCGGGCGGGACCGCCCGCCAGGUCAGCCUGCUCAACGUGCGGCUCUUCCUCAACCAGCUGGUGCAGUUCAUCGUGCAGAAGUGCUACGGGGAGGGCCCAGGCUCCAACCAGUGCCCCGGCUCCGACCAGUGCCCCGAGAUCUGCUUCGGCGAGCACUGUGAGGCCUGCGGCCUGGGGGUCUGCUUCUUCCAGAAGCCCCCGGACCCCGCCUGGGGGCCCGAGGUCAAGAGCCCCAGCACCAUCAAGGGCAGCUUCACCCUGUACGGCGGCAGCAACGUGGACGCCCCCACCGCCAGCCAACAGCUGCGCACACUUGGCUGCGGGCUUGUGGCGGACCGCUCCCGGGGCUACACCCCCAACUCCAUCACGGUCCCCCUCUCCGUGGCCGACUUCGUCAAGAACCCCCUCUCCGAGGGCAGGGACUUCUUCGGCGAGGAUGAGGAGCUCGUCACUGUCCCCUUCUCCCUUGUGCGCGAGGACAAGGGGCCCGUGGCCGGCCCUACUGGGCUGUGCACCGUUGGCAGGGGUUCCCUCUACCUGCCCGCCAGUUCCAAGGCCACAUCCAAAGGCAGACGCUUCCCGGUGAACCUCAGAGCCCCCGUCUUCCACGGCAAAGGCCUCCUCCUCAGCGGCACCAAGGAGAUGACAGGCUUCAUUUACAAAGGCCACGGCUGCGUCUCCGACCCUGAUGAAAAUGAAGAUGAAGAUGCAGAUGCAGACGAUGGCUGGGGUCCCGCGUUCGGCAGCAGCGGUCCCAUCGUUGAAGUCACUGAUGGAAACGGCCCGCGGCCAAUGACCUACAUCAUCGGCCUCGUGAACAAUGGGGAGCGCUCCGUCACCUUCCCCUCUUCCUUGACCAACGUGGUCCUUGAAGGCGAGGACCCCUUUGACCUCAUCUACGGCUCCCUCACCUUCCCUUUCAUCUUCGCCGACAAGGGCAAAGGCGGGGCUUCCUCUGCUGGUGUCAUCAAAGGCAAAGGGAAGGAGGAUGGCGGCAGCGGCCCUGCCACCGCUGGCCGUGAGCCGCUUCCAGGGACCAAUGCCGGUGGCCCCAUCCCCAUCAGCGAGGGCUCCGUCACUAUCCCCUUCUCCGUCCUCAGUAUCAUUCAGAGCAAGGGCUCUGGCAACGAUGCCAGUGGCCCUCAAAGCAAUGGCCUUGCCACCCAUGGCUUUUCCAAGAAGCAGAGGCAGCCGGGGCCCAGGGUGGGCAAGUCUGGCCCUGGGUCCUACUGGGAGGAGGACUUCUGCUGGGCCGAAGGCUUCUGCUUCGACCCCUACGAAGAAGUCUGGAUCUGGGUCUCCAUGACCGUCUGCAUCCUCUGGAUAAUGUACCUGUACAAGUUCAGUCCUGACCACUCCCCGCGGGUGUGA